AUGCCGCCCAAGCCAAAAGGCAGCGCGCCAGCCAACAACGCCCUGUCUGGUGGUCCCCGAGGCCCUCGUCACCCCUCUGCCCAGGCUGACGGUGGUAUUCCCACGGCUCCGGAGCCUACCCUCGACACCCUCGGCGAGCGCGCCCGACGCCGAUUCCAUCAAACCAACCCCGUCGAGGAAAGGUUCCAAGACGUCGGGCUGUCGGGUCUCACGCCAGCCGAGAAGAAGACAUACGUGCAUUCCCGCCUGAUCCUGCCCGUCGCCCAGCACGCAGUGUCGCUGUCGACCAAGACGGAACGCGACUUCUGGAAACAAGUCUCCAAGGACGCCCUCCCCGUUCGUCGCCUUCGCAAAGACUAUAGCUGGGGCAAGGACAGGAGCGGUCGCGAUUUUGCAUCGUACAAGCUCGACGACUUUGAACAACGCAGCCUCAAGCACGCCAGGCUGACGGCCUUGGACAUUCUGCAUCGCCAUUUUCUCACGAAGAGACGGCUUGCGCGCAACAACGGCACCGACGUCCCUUCGGCGGAAAUAGACGACGAGAAGACGAGGAGAAUCAACAUGGCAGCCUUGAAGAGGGAUCUCUACGGUGAAAUCACCGGCCCACUGGCCAACGACCCCGAAUGGGACGACGUGAUUCCCAUUCCCCAGAACGAGCCCGAGGAUGCUCUCGCCAAGAUUGCCUAUCCUGACGACUAUGCCGAGGCCGUGUCCUACUUGCGCGCCGUCAUGGCCGUCGAGGAAUGCUCCCCUCGCUGCCUGCGUCUGACAGAGCACGUCAUCACAAUGAACCCAGCUCACUACACCGUCUGGCUGUACCGCUUCAAGAUUAUUUCCGCGCUGGGUCAGUCUAUUCCCGAAGAGAUCCAGUGGCUCAACGAGGUGGCCAUGUCGCAUCUGAAAAACUAUCAGAUAUGGCAUCAUCGCCAACUCCUCAUGGACCAUUACUACCCGGUCAUAGCAUCUGACGACGAAGCUGUCAAGAGGUUGGGCAAGUCUGAGAUGGACUUUAUCACCGCCAUACUGGCCGAGGACACCAAAAACUACCACGUUUGGUCAUAUCGCCAGUACCUUGUUGGGAAACUGGGGCUUUGGACCCCCAACGAGCUCGGCUCGACGCAAAACAUGAUCGAAGACGAUGUGCGCAACAACUCGGCAUGGGCGCACCGCUUUUUUGUCGUCUUCUCCGACCCCCGGGUAUCGACCGCCGACCUGCCCCCCACGGCGCAUGACCCCAAAGUCCCCGAUUCGAUUGUUGACAGGGAAGUGGUCUACGCCAAGGACAAGAUACUCAUCGCGCCGCAGAAUCAGUCGGGGUGGAACUAUCUCCGUGGCGUCAUGGCCAAGGGUGGACGCGGUCUUGCUACUAUGGAAGAGUUUUCUUCGCAGUUUGUUUCCGGUCUCGGCCAGGACAGCGAGACGGUCAAGAGCUCUCAUGCUCUUGACUUGCUCGCCGACGCCUACCGCGAAAAGGGAGACAAUGAAAAGGCCAAGUUAUGUCUGCAGAGGCUCUCUGAGAGGUGGGACCCUGUACGGGAAGGAUACUGGAAGUACCGGGCUGCCGAGCUUGAGCGGGCGGCUUGA